AUGUCAAUUGGCGGAGCAGUCAGUGCUUUGGACGCAGAUGCAUGGGUGGGGGAGGAGCCUGGGGUGGUCUUUGACGAAGGCAAGCGGGAACAGGCCACGGCAACACAGAACGUAGUGCAAGGGCUUCAACCGGACCUAUCCUCAGGUCGAGCACGUCUGCCGGCAUCUUAUGAAACAGACCCCAAUGCUAGGCCGUCGGUUUCUUUUUCGUUUGGCACGGCAGAUGGAAGUGAACACUCUUUGACUUCUGCUGCCUGGCUCGAUGGCUCCUUGGCGAGCAGGAGAUUGAACUGCAGUCAGUUCAAAUGGAAACAGCGCAACAGCUUCAACAGCCGGGAGGCGGAACAGACGCUGUUUUGGGUGCCAGCAGUGGAGGCCGGGCACCCUGUGUGGCCUUCGCUUGACGCCCAUGAAGUGGAGGAACUCAUGAAUGCAGCCGAGCUAUUGGCAAACUAUGCAGCACACAGAUUGGCAAUGCCAUGUAGUAGAUGCACGGCUAGCUACUUGCUUGUGAAGCUGUCGUCUUUGCUUAUGGCAUUUGACUACCUGGUUUGCGCAGCUGAGCUCCUAGGGGAAAAGAUGAAUACCGGCAAAUGGUGGCCUGAAUUUGUGCAACUGUUCCGCACGGAUUAUCGCCUUUCUGAAAUAGGAGGAACUCGCGUAGGAAGAAUGCGGAAAAGGCUGGUCAAUCGAUUGAGUGCUGCACUGGCAAUAUAUAAGCAAGGAAAACGCCCAGCACCCAAGGAAAUCAUUGAGCUGAAGAGGGUCGGUCUUACCCAGGUCUCCAAAGACAGCCACAUGUCGCAUCGGCUGUGGCAGCUCUGGAUACAGGAUGAUAAGGAUUUCACUUACUCUAGUAGUGGUAGUGAAAGUUCUGACAGUCAAGCGGACGAUGAACGAGAAGCAAAACUACCAUGA